GUUCUAUGAUUUCUUAAGGAGAGGGGGUGAUAAAGAAGAAGAUGACACGGGAGAGGACUUCAAUGGACAUUCGAGGGUCGACUCCACAUUUCUGGAUGAACAUGGAAUUAUGCCGGUGGCGGACGUGAACGAGAACUACACUUCUCCAAUCAUCUGUGACGAUGAACAACCCGGAGAAGAAACAGAACAGGCGUCAACGACAGAAAAUAUGGAAAGAGUGUCGUUUUGGGAUAUCGUUUUAGAUCCUGAUGGCAACAUUGCUUACUACUGGAUGGGUUUAGUAACCUUGACGGUGCUGUACAAUCUAGCAAUUAUCAUUCUCCGACUCACCUUCACAGAUAUGGCCGCUUAUUGGGCGUACCUAUUCCUCCUUUGUGAUACUGCAUCUGAUGCUGUCUACAUUCUUGAUGUAUUCGUUCAGUUCAGAGUGGCCUAUUACUACGACGGCUGUCUGGAAGUGGACCCAAGGAAACUCUGUCUGAAUUACAGAAGUCAAGGCAGAUUCCUAGCUGAUAUGCUAUCUAUACUACCGUCACAAAGCAUUGCGAGUUUCUGUAUAGGUUGUCUACGUUACCUUUUCGCCCAUGUUGAGUUUCUUUACCUCAGUAGCAUCUACAUUCCUAUUUUACGUCUACCUCGACUAGUGAAAACCUACAUUGUUGUCAGAUUUUUCGAAGUAACAGACAGUCGGACAAGUACCCCCAAUCGAAUACGUGCCAUAAAACUAUCUCUCUACCUCUGGUUGGUUAUACAUUGGGUGGGAUGUGUUUACUACAUGUUGUCGGAGUUUGAAGGAAGGGGAAGCAAUGAAUGGGUUUACCCUAGCGGGGAGGAGUUUGAUUCCUUUUCCAGGAAAUAUAUUCGUUGUCUCUACUGGUCGAUGUUAAUUUUAACCACUAUUGGUGAGCGUCCGUCGCCCUGCACUGAUUUAGAAUACGUAUUUACGGGUAUGACGUUCGUGAUUGGAGUGUUUGUAUUCGCUGCUGUGGUUGGCAAUGUUGGUGACGUCAUCAGCAAUAUGAAUGCAUCUCGACAAGAUUUCCAAGCAAGAAUGGACCAGAUUAAAUUUUACAUGAACCACCGAAACGUGCCCGCAUCUCUGCAGAACCGCGUCAAGCGAUGGGCGGAGUACUCAUGGACUCGUACUCAAGCCAUAGAUGAACCUCACCUGUUGCAGCUUCUACCAGAGAGACUGAGGACAGAAAUUGCAAUACAAGUUCAUCUCGAAACAUUGAAAAAGGUGAAGCUGUUUGAAGAAUGUGAGGAGGGACUGUUGCGAGAACUCGUCCUGAAGCUAAAGCCGCAGACUUUCUCUCCAAAUGACUUUAUCUGUCGGAAAGGAGAAAUAGGAAGAGAAAUGUUUAUCAUAAAUCAUGGACAAGUUGAAAUUUUAGUACCCAGACGUGAAGAUGGAAGAAAAAUAGUUGUGUCUACGUUGGUCACUGGAAAUUAUUUCGGCGAGAUCAGCUUAUUAAAACUGGACGAUGGACACAAUAGGAGAACAGCGGACGUGCGUUCCUUGGGAUACUCCGAAUUGUUGUGCUUGUCCAGAAAAGACCUCAUUGCAGCAUUAACUGAGUAUCCAAACGCUAAAAGAAUUCUGGAGAAAAGUGCCAGAGAAAGAAUGUUGAAAACCAAAACAGUCACUAAACUCAAGGAGACUAUAGGACAAGACUCUAAACGAUCGGUCAGGAAGGACAAAUCCCGACCGAGAAGGGACCUCCAUGACAUAGUGAAGACUCCCGAGUUUAAGAGUUUACUGACGAAGCAAGUUCCUGAAAUGGAUGACUUACGGAAAGUAGUUGCAGAUUUGAAAGAACUUGGAGAUAAAAUUUCAAAGCUACAAGGUGAAAAGGAUCGCGAUAAGAUAAUAAAGUCUCUGAAAAGGAAGCUUGGACAAAGUGAGAAAGAGUUGAAGGAAGCACGUGGCAGAAUAGCCUACCUCGAGUCGUCCUUAAAACUUCAGCAGCAGAGGACAUGCCCUUGUGAUGACGAAUUCUGUAUUUCGCCAACAAAUCAAAAUCGAAACUCGAGUUUGCUAAUCGAGUCUAGGAAGACAAAAAAGAAUGCUUGUUCUCUGGAAAUCCUUCCAACUCAGGACAACAGGGGGCAUACCGGUAAAAGACCUACAAGAGGUCAGAUAUCGACAGGGGUUCGAACACUUCCUCCAAGUUACAGGGUACCGCGCAGUACAGAACUUCCGGUAUUGUCUUUAUUUCCAAUAAAACCACGAAGGAGUAUUUCUGAAUCUCGUCAGCAAAAGGGAUCAGAACAAGCUAUUGAAGCGACUUCUGCAGGAAGAUCUAAAGACAUGUCUGAUCAUAUCAGAACUAGUAGCGGGUAUUCAAGUGAUACGGAAACCAUGACAGUGUUACGUCACACAAACAGACAAUUGACGGAUAUCAGACCUUGGCUGGAGUCUCUCAGUGACCAAAGUGAAAAUAUUCCAAUUAGUACCUCAAAUUGUGAAAGUGAGAGCUCCAGUUGUGAGUGCUCAGAUGACGAAGAGGCAUUCGUCUCUCGAGAAUCACGUGGGGUCAUCUCUAUGACAGAAAACAUGCAAAAAUCACCGAAUACACAAAGGGAGAGUUUAGCAACAAUCAAUAUCCAGAGUUCGAGUGACAAAAGAAAGUCAAUUACCCUUCGUAUGAGAGAGACACGAGUUUAAAUUGUAUACAUCAACUUAAUCUAAAAUUUGUUAUGGAAAUAAAAGAUGUUUUACUUUA